GCACAUUUUUACUACCAUCAUUAUUUUAAUUUAGAGACAGGCACAAAGGGGUUAAAAUAUAUUUAAACUUGCUUUUUAAUGGAUAUCUGUGUCAAACAUAUGGUCAUUUUUUGUGUUAUAAUUGUAAUAGCCUCUAGUGAUUUCAUUUGUCUGUAGAGAAGUCCCAGGAACCUACAGCUAUUUUGAUUUUUGCAGCUUUUAUGGUAAGUCCUUAUAAUAUAGACUACUGAUUUCUUCUCUGUAUCCAGCUCAUUGUUGAAAAGCCAGAGCUAUUUUUAACAUUUACACAAUUUCAGUAGAUGAGUCUUCAUUCCACAAGGUUUGGUGCUAAAUCUGUGGAGUCUUUCGUAAUCAUAUCCUUUUUGUGGUUUGCUUGAAUUUGAUCACAGUGGCUGAUUUCAUGCAUUGAUAAUGAAGGCUUAGGUUGCCUGUUUCUCGGCUUAAAUCCACCUCAGACUUGUAGGUUGACGGUGCUGCCGGUUUCAGCAGGCGUGGAGAUAUAGAAUUGAAAUUGCUCUGCUUUCUUUACAAAUGACUCAGAGUGUGCUUGUCCUUCCCUAAAAUGUUGCCAGCGUGUAAAGGAUUUUCAAUGAGCAGUGCAAUAAGCCAGCAUCUGGGAAGGUUUGGAGCUGCACUGAUAUAGUGUGGUACUGUCACACAGAUCAUCAGGGCUGGAGCCAAGUCUCGGUAGCACUGUGCCUUACACUGGUCACAUACUGGAAGUUUUGUUUAUCCAACUUGGUUGCUCUCGAAGCUGGUGAGAGCCCUGCCAGGAUGUGGAGUGGACUUCCUAGCAGAGGCAGUACAUGCCACACUACUACCCUUCCUGCUCUUGUACGCACACCUACCCUGAUGAUGCAGCCUUCACUGGAUAUCAAACCAUUUAUGUCUUUUCCAGUGGACAGUAGUUCUGCUGUUGGACUCUUUCCCAAUUUUAACACAAUGGACCCUGUGCAAAAAGCAGUCAUUAACCACACGUUUGGAGUGUCCAUUCCCCCAAAGAAGAAACAAGUUAUUUCUUGUAAUGUCUGUCAGCUUCGCUUUAACUCGGAUAGCCAGGCCGAGGCCCACUACAAAGGAAGUAAACAUGCCAAGAAGGUCAAAGCACUAGAGGCAACGAAAAAUAAACCCAAAAUGGUUUCUUCCAAGGACAGCGCAAAGGCUAAUCCCAGCUGCUCCAUCACUCCACUCACAGGCAACAGCUCUGACAAAUCAGAAGACAAAGGGAAGCUAAAAAUCAACAGUUCCAGCCAGCCAUCAAGCUCUGAAGGGGGCUCAUUUCUCCUCAAGUCUGGCACAACGCCCCUGCCACCCGGCGCCGACACCUCUCCCUCCAAGAGCACCAAUGGAGCUCCUGCUACUGUCUCGGAAUCAGAAGAAGAAAAAGCCAAAAAACUGCUUUACUGUUCACUAUGCAAAGUGGCUGUGAACUCCCUGUCUCAGCUGGAGGCACACAACACAGGAUCUAAACACAAGACCAUGGUUGAAGCUCGUAAUGGGGCCGGUCCAAUUAAGUCCUAUCCUAGACCUGGAUCAAGGUUAAAGAUGCAGAACGGCAGUAAGGGGUCCGGACUACAGAACAAAACAUUUCAUUGUGAAAUCUGUGACGUUCAUGUUAAUUCAGAAAUCCAACUCAAACAGCACAUUUCUAGCCGAAGGCAUAAGGAUCGAGUUGCAGGGAAACCACUGAAACCGAAAUACAGCCCUUACAACAAACUCCAGCGGAGCCCAAGCCUUUUGGCAGCAAAACUUGCAUUCCAGAAAGAUAUGAUGAAGCCCUUGGCCCCAGCCUUCCUGUCCUCGCCCCUGGCGGCCGCGGCCGCGGUGUCCUCCGCGCUGUCCCUGCCGCCCCGGCCGGCCGCCUCGCUGUUCCAGGCCGCAGCCCUGCCCCCCGCCCUGCUGAGGCCGGGCCACGGGCCCAUCCGCGCCACCACCGCCUCCAUCCUCUUCGCCCCCUACUGAGCGUGCGAGCCGUCGGUGGAGGCCAGUAAGGAGGAGAGUGGAGGAGGAAAGCCAAAAGGAUUCAGCAGUUCAAGCGUUUUGUGUUGCGGUGCCCCGACCCAGCCACAGAAUGCGAGCUGGACUCCAAAGAAUAACACGUCACUUAGAUUCAAGAGUGCUUUUAGGGACCGCCCCUGUCGCCGGGAACCCGAGCAGCACAGGCUCUGUCUCCCCAGCCCCUGCCCGCUGCCCUGCUCCAUUCGAUUUGUGUCUCUGAGAUAUUUGGUUUUUUGCAACUGUAUUGGUCAGAAAAAAAUUAUAUACCUAUAUCAUUCUCCGACUAUUUUUCCAUGAGUGUGAUCUGGCUUAGAAACAAUAUGGAAUAUUUUCCUGACAGACUUGAAGAAUAGGGUCUUCCUCAUGUGUCUGUAAAUAACUCUGGAAUCCAACUGGGCACAUUCUAAGUGUGGAACAAAAACGGAUGCACACAAGUGUUUACUUGUGGAUACCAUCUUACCAAUGGAUCACAACGUUUGCUUUCUGGUGUACUGUUGUUGACAGGGACUGUGUACUAUUUUAGAUCCAAGUACUGUUGUAUCCUGUGUAGUACUACAUCCGUAUCUGUUGUCUGAAUUAAACACUUUUAGUUGCUGUGUAAAUGUUAGGAAGCAAAGUAGCUUUGAAUUUUCUCUUUAAGAGAACAAAAGAUAAAGUAAUGUAUUUUUCUUCAUUUCCCAUUUAUUCGAUGGUAUUUAAAUGAAAUAGAAAGCCAUAUAACAUAGCUAUAAUUACUACCUGUUUGCUCUUUUUGUUUAACUUAUUUUGUAGCUUCCUCUCCAGUUUGAGUUGCUAAGCAAAUGUAUACAAACAGAAAAGAGCUUCCUAAAUUGCACAUUUUUGCACCUCUUGUGCAUUCUGCAAGAAGACAAUGAAUCCACGUAUUUCUAUGUAGUUACCUUCUUCGUUUUUAACUUGUUUUCAUUUGUAAUGAUGCUACAUAAUCUUGUGGCUCCCUAAUGCAAUAAUGUACAGAAGAUUAAAAAAAUUUAUAAUUGAACAAUUUGUCUUUCUGUUUACUGAAUAUGUUGCAGGUCAUGCUCCCGUGCCCCCUUUCUCGGCCGAUAUCAACAAGACUGGAAUGUUUGUGAUAUCAGAGGCAAGAGAUAUCAUAAUACAACAAAACAGAGUGAACUCUUUUUGAGCAUCUGUAUCUGCAAUCUGUAAAUGGUAAAAUGUCUGUGUAUUUUUUUAAAUGUACCUUUUCAAUAAAAGUACAAAAAAUAAAAA